AUGCAAUUGAUCUUUUCCCAUGAUCCAGAAAAUCUGGAUUGUAAAACCUACUUAACUAUAAAAGCAGAUAGUAUUAGAACAUUUAUGUAUGAAUUUAUAAAACAGGAAGAAUUUAUUAUACCUUAUCUACUUUAAUAACAGAGGCACCAAAUUCAGCUAAUAUCAUUCCACAAAAAGGACCUGGUGCAAGCCCAGCUAAUUCUAAUACUUUUACACCUUUUAAAGGCAUAUUUGUAAUGAACAAUGUUCCAAAAUGAAAGAUGUUAUUGAUGUAUUAGCUAUGCAACGGGAGAAGAGGAAUACCUUGCAAAAAAGUAUCACAAUUGAUUACACAAAAAACAGCGAUAGUUUUACAAUUUCACGAUUUAUAUUUGAAUGUGUUAAUUGCUGCUACUUGUCUUUACUUAGCAGGGAAAGUAAAAGAUGAUAAUUUAAAGAUAAGAGAUGUAAUGAAUGUCUCUUAUAGCACAUUACAUAGAGGAUCACAACCAUUAGAGUUAGGUGAUCAAUAUUGGAGUAUGAGAGAUGCAAUUGUCCAAGCAGAACUCUUAAUUAUGCGUAUGCUCAAGUUUCAAGUAACUCCUGUACAUCCACACAAAUAUAUGUUGCAUUACUUACGAUCUCUGCAAGCAUGGUUUGGAGAGGAAGAAUGGUCUAAGUAUCCAGUUGCAAAGACUAGCAUGGCACUUUUACAAGAUUUUCAUCAUUCUUCAGCUAUACUUGAUUAUCCACCAAACUUAAUAGCAAUUGCUUGUAUCAAUUUGUCGUUACAAAUUUAUGGUGUAGUGGUGCCAUUGAUGGAUGAAUGUGACCAACAACCUUGGUUUAAUGUUUUCUGUAAAGAUUUGACGAGAGAUAAACUUUGGGAAAUAAUGGAAAAGGUUAUGGCAGCAUAUGAUGAAGAACCAGAAACUAGAGACAAUUAAAUGAUUUCAGCAUUAUUUCAAGCUUAUUCUAUAUUAACACAAAUGUGGCGUUCUCUUAAAUAUGAUAUUGGAAAAGUACAAAUAUAAAUCAGGAUCAUAAAAUAAAAUAUUUCCAACUUUGCGUUUUGUAUUUUUC